AUGUCUCUGCAUUCUUUAGGAGAAGAGUAUGAUGAAUUUGCGGAAGCUCGUAGAAGAGCUUGGUGGAUGACGUAUUACUGCGUUCUCCAAGGGUCGAUUGUCAGCACAACUCCGCUAGCUAUUGUUGCAAACGAUCCUCAGUUUGUAACACCUUAUCCGCGCUUUGCCGCUGAUCCAGAUGGUUGGGCUGUUCUGAUGCAAGCUCAGCAAGUGCUGGUUUCAGCAACUCAGUUCGUAAUUGACCUGAACAAAUGUAUCUCAACAAGGACCAAUAUGCCUUACAUUUACGAACGGAUGCAGCAGCUCGACACAUGGGCGAGCUCAGCCUUGGCACAAUCUAACUUACUUCCUAUUGUUCCUCCGUCCAUGAACUGUGGCGAUGGCAUGGAAUUUACGACAGCUCAAAGUAUACGCUCAAUCUCACGGAUCAAGUUGUCCAGCGCACAGAUCAAAACCCACCGCUUUAGAGCAUUCUCAGACAUCCCUAUUUUCAUUAAGAAACAUUGUGACCUAACAGCAGCUAAUUCCAACAACUCAGCAGCAUGUAAUUCUGCCAAGGAUUCCAGAGUGCAGAAUGGAAUUACCGACAUUCGAUGCUCGUGUGGAGGUUUGGAACCAUUUCAACAGUCGUCAAGCGAAUACACCCCUUCUACCGCUUCAUCUACGUCCUCAGAUUAUCAGUCGAUCUCCCAAUACUCGUUCACUAGUGGAUUCCCCUUCAGCAUCCAACAUUCCGCCAAAGUCUGCCUUAGGGCUGCUCUGCUGAUCUCACGCAUGUUCCCAAGUCUACCCAUACCACAACCGAUUAUAAACGAGCCAAAGAGCCCGCAGGGGAUGACGUUACAACCGCCGAACCAGCUUCCUCGAACUAUGCCAUCAUUUGCCUGCUGUUUGAUGCAAGGCAGCUACGCUAUGCUAAUGAUAUUCUACAAAGCGCGCGUAGAAAAGCAGCUGUCACCAGACUAUGGAAACAAGACUACUCCUUCGGAUCGAUUGAUAGAAGAACUCCGGCAAGGACUAGAGCGAAUCAUUGCUACUGUAACCAACUAUGCAGCUGCUUUUGAGGCGUUAGACGGCAUGAGAGAUGAAAUCGAAGGUGCAUAUCAAACGGCGUUCCCUCAAUUAUGA